GACUAAAAUAAAUAAAUAUUGCUUACCAAUUUUACGGAUAAAUCUGGUCCAUAUUUUACAGGAGUUGGCGAUUGCGACAUCGUUGAAAUUUGAUAAGCAAGAUUCUUUGAUUUAAACGAUGAAGAAGUCAGAAGUGAAAAUUGUUUAUAUAAAUUGUGAUAACGUCAAUCUAAAUCCAAUCUCAAUUUCUUCGUCAAAAGCUUGUAAUAAUACCGAGUUGCUGGAAGCUUUGAAUGAUACCUUAGCAUCGAGUGAUAGCUUAAAUGUUGACGAUAAAGUUAAAAUACCAAGUCAACGUCGUCGUUCACCUUCACUAUCGGAACGUAGAUCUAAUUACGAAGUCACAGCCAAGCUAUUCAUAACCGAGAAGGAAUAUAAUAAUUGGAGCAUAGCUAAAAUUAAAGACGCGAUUGAUUGUCUUAACAGAACUACUUCUUUAAGCUCCGUUGAUUCACUGAUCUUAAGUUUCAAUGGUAUUUCUGAUGACAUUUAUCAUGAUAACAAUAGGUUAGACGCUGCAGCCUCAAUUUGGCAAUCUCUCGCUCCAGAGUUCCCAACAACUCAGCUUGCUGUAGCCGACUUUGGACCGCUCGAAUUAGAAAAUUUUCUUAAUAAACUCACCAAUAAAGCUAGACUACCACAAUCUACGCAAAUAAGCUUAUCUAAUUGCUGUGAUCCACCUACAGACCUCGUUCAGCAAGCAAAGAAACAUGAUAUACAAUUAACGGCGCAUCCUGAUCUUCAUGACAUUCUAUCAUCAUCGGAAUUGGCAAGGGCUUUGAAAAACAACGAUACACUAUUACCUAAUAGAAAUGUUCCAGAGGAUGGAUUGACUGUAGAUUGGGUGCUCAAGUACACCAUCAUAGCGCAUGGUAGAGGUGUAGUAGCAGACAAAGGAUACAUAAUACGUGCAUCUUUGUUCUAAUGUUUUAUCAAGGUAGUAAAAAAAUCAUAGAUGUAAAAUAGCCAAGGUACAAG